AAAAGAAACACCGACCCCUUUGGUGGUAUAAAUAUUAUUGUCGUAGGAGAUUUUGGUCAAAUCCCUCCCGUGCAGGACUCUAUGAUUUUUAAACCCCCUAAUAUCACCGAACUUAGUCUUCUGUUAGAAUCGAACUUCAACUGGCGCGACUUUAAGAUGUUUGAAUUAACCGAAAUUAUGAGGCAAAAAGGUGAAAAAGCUUUCAUCGAAGCUCUCAAUAAUUUAUGUUGGGGCACGCUCACUGAAGAAGAUAUGAAGCUUUUUAAAUCGAGGCAAGUAAAAAAUGAAUCCGAUGUCCCAAAAGAGGCUAUUCGUUUAUAUUGUUUCAAUAAGCAGGUUGACGCGUUUAAUGCGGCAAAAAUUUUCGAGUGUCCGGAAGCAGAAUCCGUUUCUGAGGCGAAAAAUACUGUAUUAGGUAAGGCAACUCAAAGCCGAAUCGAUUACGCGGUUAGAUCUUUGAUGAACAAAAAAUUAGAUGAUUUAAAAGGCCUACCUCAUAGAGUAGUCUUUAAAGUAGGGAUCAAGUACAUGAUCACCAUUAAUGUUAGUGUUCGCGAUGGCCUGGUCAACGGCGCUGUCGGUACUUUAGUCAGUAUUACUUACAAGCCUGAUCAAGACACGAUUAUUGACAGAAUUUGGCUCGAUUUUGGUGAAAAUUCGAAUGUAGGCAGUAAUGCUCGACUGGCUGUUCGUGAUUACAUGAAGGCGAUGAAGCUCCAUCCGCGACUUGUACCGUUGAGUAGGAAAAGUGUCGUAAUUUCGGGAUCUAAAGACUGUCGUUUAAGAAUCGUCCGAGUGCAGUUCCCUGUCGUUCCCGCGGAAGCAAUGACCUGUCAUAAAAGUCAGGGCCAAACAUACGAAUCAGUGUGUAUCGACUUCAGUAAGCCAGGGAAAUGGACUAGGCCGGUAACAUACGUAGCCUUUAGCAGAGUCACCAGUCUUUCGGGUUUGUAUAUUCUAGGAGAAUUUAAACCGCCACCUCCACCAAAACCCAACGAUCCUAUUGUGCUUGAAAUGGAAAGGUUAAGAAAAGAUCCUUUGCAACUCGCGUUCUGGAACUUGGAAAAUAAGAGUGGUCUCGUAAUUGCAUAUCAUAACGUGAGAUCUUUUAAUAAGCACAGCUGUGACGUAAAGUCUGAUAUGUGGUAUUCCAGAGCGGACAUACUGAUCUUAGCGGAGACUUGGACCUUACCUACGGAUGAAAUUCAUUUUCCUGGCUUUCGAAUCGCGUAUCGGUCCGAUUGUGAUAAAAUUAGGGCCCCGCGUGGAUUGCUCUGUUUCGUUAAAAACGGAGUUGAUGUUUCCCAAGUUGACGGAAGGAAGGAAACAGGUGAAAAAUUCGUGAUGGAGGCAAUUCGAUUCAAAGUAGGAGACACUUGGGUAUUAACUGGCUAUAAAUCACCUGGAACCCCCGUGUCUGUUUUCAAAUCGAUUAUCGAAGUGUUGAUUCCUCAAAAAUCUCGGGUGACACUAUUAGGAGAUUUCAACUUUGACAUAAUUGGUCAUCGUGAAAAAUGUCUUUUGCCUUUCUUAAAAACUCAUGGAAUGACGUCUGCACUUUUACCUGAAACUGUGACGACUGAUUUCAAUACGCAAAUAGAUGUAAUUUUCUCGAACUUUCCUCUGGGUAGGCGCGGAGUUUACGAAAGCUACUUUUCAGACCACAAACCGAUCUAUUUUGAACUUGAUUCCUUAGCCGGUGAAACUUAUGCCGAGCUUGCCUCAAAGGACCUCCCUCAUUCAUAA